CAGAGGAGCUAAAGGAGAUCUCCUUCUUCCAGUCCCUGCUCCUCUCUUGCUCCUCCGCGUCGCCGUUACUGCCCGCCCACCCCAGCCACCAUGAGCCGACAGUGCUACACCUCUGGCUCCAUCCUGGGAAGACGAGGCUUCUCCUCGGCAUCUGCCGUCUGCGGCCUGGGCAGGGCCAACAGCAGCUCGGCCUCCGUGUGCCAGCCCGUGGGACGGAGGUGUGGGAUCGGCGGCUUCAGCAGCCGCAGCGUCUGUGACCUGGGCAGAGGGCAAAGGAUUUCCUUCGGUGGGAGCUGCCGCAGUGGCGUCUACGGCGGUGCUGGCGUUGGGCGCUGCGGUGUCGCUUACGGCGGGGGCCGCUUUGGCACCGUCGUGGGCUUUGGGAACUGUGCGAGCUUCGGGGGCCUGGGCAGCUACAGAGGCCUGGGGGAUGGCGUGGCCGUGGGGGGCUACGGCGGUGGCAUCAGCAUCGGCCUCGGCGGAGGGAGGUCCGAGGGGAUUCGCGGCGUCAGCAUCCACCCCGAGCUCCUCAAGCCCCUGUGCGUGGGCGUGGACCCUGAGGAGUGCCAAGUGCGGACCCACGAGAAGGAGCAGAUCAAGAACCUCAACAACCAGUUCGCCUGUUUCAUCGACAAGGUGCGGCUGCUAGAGCAGCAGAACAAGGUGCUGACCACCAAGUGGGAGCUGCUGCAGCAGUAUGUGCUCCCAGCUUCCCGGAGAAACUUGGAGCCUGUGUUUGAGAACUUCAUCUGCAACCUGAGGAAGCAGCUGGAGUGUGUGAUGGGGGAGCGUGAGCGGCUGGAGAAUGAGGAGCGGUGCCUGCGGGACCUGGUCCAGGAGUUCAAGUGCAAGUACGAAGAUGAGAUCAACAAGCGCACGGCGGCAGAGAAUGAGUUCGUGGUGCUCAAGAAGGAUGUGGAUUGUCUCUACCUGACCAAGGAGGAGCUGGAGGUGAGGGUGGGUCUCCUGCGGCAGCAGCUGGAGUUCCUGAAGUGCAUCUACGCUGAGGAGAGAGCUCAGCUGGACUGUCAGCUGUGUGACACCUCUGUCAUCGUGCAAAUGGACAACAGCCGGGACCUGGACAUGGAGGGCAUCAUCAAAAGCGUGGAGUGCUGCUAUGAGGAGAUCGCCCAGAAGAGCAAGGCCGAGGUGGAGGCUUUCUACCAAACCAGGCUGGAGGAGCUCCACAGCAGCCGGGGCAAGUUCUGUGAUGACCUGAGGAAUAACCAGAGCGAGAUUGCCGAGCUCAACAGGAUGAUCCAGAAGCUGCAGUGUGAGUCGGACAACGUGAAGAAACAGAUCUCAGCCCUGCAGACGGCCAUCUGUGAUGCUGAGCAACGGGGGGACUGCGCCCUCAAGGAUGCCCGCCAGAAGCUGGUUGACCUGCAGACAGCUCUGCAGCAGGCCAAGGACAAGAUGGCCUGUCUGCUCAGGGACUACCAGGAGCUGCUCAAUGUCAAGCUGGCCCUGGACAUUGAGAUUGCCACUUACAGGACGCUGCUGGAGGGAGAAGAGAGCAGGAUAUGCACUGGCAACCCUGUGAGCGUAGCCGUGGUCAGCGGCGGGGGCACGGUCGGGGAGUGCCGAUCCCUGUCUGGAAUCGGAGGCAAAUGCACCGUCAAGACCGGAGGGGCCGGCGCGGGGCUGGGCAUGGUCUCGUCCUUCGGCAACGCCGGGUUCAGCACCCGGAGCGUGGAUUGUGUCCCCAAGGUCGGGGCAGGAUUCGGGGCCAGAAGCGCGGUCAGCUGCGUGGGGAGGGAAGUGCUCACCGGGGUGGACGGGGUCCAGUGCGCCCCCGGGAUGGGCAACCUGGGCAACCUGGGCAACCUGGGCAACGUGGUGUGCGCAGGGGUGGAGCAGUGCGGCGCCGGGCCCGUGCUCAUCCCCGGGCCCCCGGGGGUCUGCGGGAACAGGUUCAGCACAUCCGUGCGCGUGGUCAGGACGAGCCGGUAGAGACCGGCGGGGCCCGACACGGCAGAUUUUAUAAUAAUCAGCAUUUCUGCAAUAAAACAGUAUUCCCUCUCCCUCUGACAGCCACAGGGAUCACACAACCAUGCGCUAGGACAUCGCUCUGCCUAAACCCUUUGCCCGACAAACCCCACCCUCUCUCUGAUGUCUUUCUUGGGGGAAACGCCCCCCUGCCCCCCUCAGCCAGGUGAGAUUUUCAUUUCAGAGACCAUUCCUGUCUCCACACAUCAUCUUGGCUUUUCAAUCACCCUUCCCUGCUCGACCCCUUUCCAGCAGAGACUAAUGCAGCUAUUGCAAAAGGAUGAAAAAUUUGGUCAUCCCAACUUCAGAGAAGCCACAAUUUAAUUGUCUGAGACGAAGCUGCAGCUGUAAUUUAACUUCUUUAAUGACAGCAGAAAAAUCCAAUUUUUCCUGUUUACGAGAGGGUUGGGAAUGCUUAUGUAAAUUGGUCCAGGUUGCUACACCGUGUUUGGUAGAGCAGAUUUUAAUUAUGCCCCGACGAGCACCUUAUAUUUCUGUAGUUAAAUGCAUGCGUUGUUUUUCCUGUGUGUAAUAGACGGAAUUAAAGCUUUUAAUGUGUAAGUGAACAGAGUUAUUACCCUUCGCUUACUCCAGACUUUCAGCUGUACCUUCAAUAAACGCCAUGCAUAAUUCA